CCUGGAAUGCACGAAGUUCUCCAGUCCCCGCCCCAAGGUGGGCAGAUGUAUUAAGAGGCUUGGAGGGGCUGCACGCGGGUGUUGUUGUUUUGCUGUGUGUGGGGCGCCUGCCAGCCGCUCGGAGUUGAGUGGCCAUGAUGGGUUCUUCUAUGAUGAGCCAACAGGCAGGACCACCAGAUAGCAAAGAAGCUCCUUCCAGAAGGGUAGAACAAGCUAGAGUAUCUCCAUGCCUCGUGCCAGACUCUGAAACUGUUGCUAGAAGAUGGACAUGGCAAAUGGUCCUGUUCAUCACCCCACUUCUUCUGGCCAGCACUGCUGCAUACGGUGAAGGAUAUUCAAUGGCAUCUUACCAGACCCCACCUGGCACUCAACCAACAUUUUCGGACUCCUUGCCUCUCCAGAACUCAACAGAUGGGUGGCCUAGGGCUAAACGAGAUUCCCAAAGCCACUCUGCAGAGGGCCAUCCAGGGUUGCACUCUGUAGGGGGAGAGCCGUCCUCCAGAAACACAUUGGCUAACUUGGUAGGCGCUACAGAUCAGUUAAACCAGGUCUCUGGCAGCCUUGAGCCGAAGGUUGAUGACCAAGGACUUCCGAGCAGCACUGAUUCUCCUGUCUUGCAGAAGAACAAGUACAGCUCCACAGGUCUGAACCUUGCAACUUCCCCCUCACCUGGUGCAUUCACUGAACCUACAGGUAUUUCUCCUAAGCUUUCUUUGAAGGGAUUUGAGCAAUCUGAAAUCAACAUGACGGCUUCUUCUCUUGUGUUGCAAGCAGUGGAAACCAGAGUAAUAGAACUAGCAAAUACUAUGGAUGCCCUUCCUACACUUUCCCAGGCAUCACCCUCUCCAGAUAUUCAUAGUUGCUUCCCCUUGGCUCUGCAUACCGUGCAUCAAAUGACACUUGCCAAAGAAACCUUUCCAAAUACAGUUUCCACUCUGGACCAACCUGCUUCUGCCACCAUCUUGACUUCAGAAAAGCCAUCCAUUUCUGAACGACUCACAGAGGAUCUGCAUGGACCACAGCUGUCUUCAGCCCAAAUAGGUCAUGGUAUUGUACAUGCUGAUGGAAGCCCUAUUGCUCCCACCCAGGCUGACAUUCUUGGUUAUGGCACUUCUAUCAGCCCACCCACAUAUUUAAAAUCUGAAAGUCCCACGAUGCUGGGUACUAGUCAUCCAGAUCUGAGGUCUCCUGUGGGAACAAUUCCUCCUAGUAUAACGGGUGAGGGAAUGAAAUUCUUCAGCUCAGGUAAUGUGGUAGCCAUCCGUCUCUCUCGAACGUCUGAGCCACAUGCUCCUGCUAACGUUUUGACUGGCUCACCACCUACACAGCCUGCUAACAGAACUCCAAAGACCCUCUUCCAACAGAUGACUGCAUUUGUUGGCUGGGAACUUGGAUCUACCAAGAAGCCUUCUGCAACAGCAGCUCUUCCUGAAACUCUGUCCCAUCCUUCCAUCCAGCAGGCAUCUACUCACUCCUCUGAGCCUCCAGUUCAUGUUACGCUCCGUGAUGGAACAUUAGCAGACUUCACGAACUCAGGAAAGACCAGAGGAGUUUCCAGUCAUUGGCUCCUGGAGCCCCGAAGCAUCAACAAGUCAUCCCAGCAUGAGCCUGUUCCCUCAGCAGUGUCUCCUAAUCCUUCUGCAACUGCUGGAGCCCAUGCUUCCUUUGAGGACUACACAGAGAGUCCUAGGCGAUCACGUGCUCAUUCUGGAGUCUCACCUAGCCAUGGUCUCUCACCUGUAGUUGCUCUGAUGAGCUCUUCCAUCCAGCCCUCCAUGACCAAGUCUACCAUGCAGGGCUCUCAAUGGACAAAUGCCACUUCUCAGUUGCUUUCUGGUCGCACUCGUUUGCCUGUAACUAAGUCUUCCACUGACAUGACUGAUAGCAGCCAGCUGGCAGAAGGCACGGUUAUGCUUCUUCCUCAUUCCUCUGCAGUUGGGAUGCCAGACUUGAGUCUUUCUCUGACCACAACACCACUUGAACCUGAUACAGUGGCUGUUGGCACACUUACAAAGCCCAUACUUCUCGAACACCAGCAUUCUGUACCGAGACAGCAGAUCACAAGCUCAGAUUCUACUUCUCUGGAUGUGACACUCUCAUACUACAGCACAACUGAGGAGCCCAAGGAUUCCUCGGUAACCGAGACUAUGCUAAGCAUCCCCAAAGUGGAGGGAUCUAAGCAAGCCCUGAAGGAUGAGGCCUCUUCUGUAGAAGAGGAACAUCGUGGUCCUGAUGAAGCUUCUAGACACACCACGGUUGCAAGUAGCACAAUCAGCCCUGGCCCCUACUUGCUAGAUGCCCAGGCUUCAAGUCUCCCUCCACUGCACACAAUCUAUCCCAGAAGUGACACAUUUGGGUAUAACGUUCUCUAUACCAAUAGGACAUCUAUUGGCAAAUCAGAAGCUAGUUCAUUGGAAGCAAUAACAAAUGCUGCUAGUUAUGGGGAGCUGAUGGAGACUGGGCACCCUGCAAGGAAGGAAGAAACUUGGGCAGAUGCUCAAGUGAUCUCUACAUCCUCCUCUGAGUUCCCAUCUAUAGCUGCAGGAGGGGCUCCAACAACAGAACUGGCCUCUGGCUUGAUUUCUGCAGAGCCCACAGCACAGGAGCAAUUCCCCUGGCCUAGACAAAGAAGUGGAGCAAUGUGGUCGCCUCCAGAUCCCACCUCUUUUGCCAGCCUCACACGGAUGUCCAAAGAAUCCUUUGAGCUCCAAACUAGAGUGUCUGCCCCAAAGAUGGUUCGCCCUACUACUGUGGACACUGCGACAGCAGGAAGCCCUGGCCUUCCAUCUCGCUCGUACUUGGACUUGGCAGGGAUUACCGAGCCCAUGGGAUCCCCCCCUGCCAGAAUGGAACAUACUGAGCUAGUCAUGGGAAACUCCACCACCGGCAUGGCAAGAGAGCUUUUCAGUGUGACUCUCCCUGAACGGAAGGUUGCCCUUCCAACACCCUGGCAUGCUACAGCAGUCCCUGCCAACAUAACGGAGCCGGGAAGCCUGUCAGUCCCUCCAGGCCAUGGCUCUGCACCUACGAGACCUACAUUUGUUGACUCGGCUAGAAGUGGUAGUCCUGAAUCAACAUUCAACAAACACAUGAAGUAUACAGAGGACCUGAUCAGUAGAAAAGAGUGGAGGGUGUAUACCAGCAACCUGCUGUCCAGUACCUUGAGUUCAGAAGCACCAAGGCCUGAUCUGAAAGCUGCAACCUCUUCAACGGUGGCUGCUACAACCUACAGAACACCAUUUCUACCCUCAUGGGCCCCUGAAGCUCACUCCAAUAUCUCACAUAUAACUAUGCUGGAGACUGUCCCGGUGCCGUCUACUGCUGUCCCGGUGCCGACAAGGAGGACUUUUCCUGAUGGACCAAAGUCUACCAUAAGAACAGCUUGUAGCAAUGGUGCUUGUCAUACAAGAGAGAUCUUGGUGUCCAUCACUCCACCUCAGAGUACAUCGGCUCAGUUGCCAGCUACUUCCCAGCAACUGACUAGAAAGGUCUUGGUUAGUACAGUGGGAUCAGCAGAUGCCAAGAACAUGACUGCUGGAUUCUCCACCAAGGUGGCCAGGCCAAAGGGAACCAACACCACAGUACUGCUAGCCAGUAUGACGCCAGGGACUGUAACUGAAGAUGGCCACACUUCCAAAUGGCCAGUAUCUCAGUUCAAGACUUCAGCACUGAGCCAGUCCACUGGGGGAGAGGAUUCGACUCCCAGUAGGCCUCCAUCACCUAUUCUGAUGCUGCCUCUACGGUUUCGUCUCACCAGGAUUGAUUAUACAGAAUCCUUGGGGAACAAGUCCUCUGAAAGCUACAAGAAGGUGGAGAAGGAAGUGAAACUCACUCUAAACAAGAUGCUAUCUACCUAUAGGAGCUUCCUUCAGAUAAACAUUAUCCGCUUCUCGAAUGGCUCCGUGAUUGUUGAGAGUGAGGCUGUUUUCCAGGGCGGCGAAGGCCUUGUUCCUACACCAUCUGAUCUCAUCCGUACUAUUGUAACAGAAGUAGGCGAACGGGAAAGGGACUCCUUCUUUGAGUGGAGAGUGGAUCUGAAAUCUCUUUGGUCGAACGGUUUCAGUUUGAAGAACCUAGAACCCGAGAGGCUGACUGUCUCCUUCACUGUUCUGGGGCUGGGAUCCAUUGCAGCGUUUGGUGGCUUGAUCAACUCGGAACCUUUGGAAUUGCUGAGGAAUGAGGUGAUCUUGGUGCUUGGAGCUCAGUAUGAAGUGCAGAAUUUCUCACUUGUCACAGUUGGGAACAUCCAAGGUGACCUACACAUAAGAGGAGAAGCCUACAUUAAUACAUCUACUCAUGUGGAUAUUCGAUGGGCUCUAGAAGCAUUGAGGGGACUUGCAAACUACUCAGUGGACCUCUCCUCUCUUUCCAUUAAUGGGUCAAGGCUGAGUCUGCAGGUCUUUCCAUUCUCCUUCUUGGUAACCAACAAAAUGGUCAAUGAGGAGCUUAUGGAUCGCUCUUCUGUGCAGCACAAGACCCUCGCCAGGGAUCUCUCGGAUGUGCUAAUGCGUAUACUGAGGAAGUACAAAAAUCUCCUGCAAGUGGCCAUUCGAGAAAUUAGGGGUGGCUCCUUGCUAUGCCAUGGAGACGUGAUAUUUCAGCAUCCUGCUCCAACAAGUAAAGAGAUCCUGCAGACACUCGCUCUUUCAGUUGGGCCAAAAGAUUACCUGGCUGCAUCGAGCCUUCAGGUGGACCCCUUCUCUUUUACAGUAGCAGGUGAUGGGCUGGAGCCCCCCUUCCCAAAUCCUGGCAUCCCUGGCUAUGGUGUCGCCCUCAUUGUUCUCUGUGCUCUUGCUUUAGCUGCUUUCCCCAUCCUGGUCUUCCUGCCAAAGAUGCUUGGCCGGAAAGACAAGAUUAUCAUUAACAGACCACAUGACCCCGAAGCGGGGGUAGAAAUCAUUGAACUGGAUAACCCAACAUUUUACUCGACGAUUGAGGAGGGCCUCAGCAAAGGCACAUAUGUUUCUACAGAAGCCCUUGACUAGGAACAAAGGCUCACAAUGAAGAUGGGGGUGUCUUCUGCCAUCUGAGUUAAGCACCUUUUAACUGCCGCUGCCAUCUCUGUCCAAAUGCGAGUUGCUGACAACCAAAUGCCUCUACUGUGGACUCCUAAAACUGUGAAGGCCCACAAGUUCACCAUGCUUCUCUGCUUAAAGACCAGUAUCGGGCCACGGUCUUCAUCUUGAAUAAAACUGGAGGGCUGUAGAUGUGUCUAACUUGAGUGUGUAAUGGCUUCCCUUUGUACAUGCCACAAUUAACAAGACUUCUAAAUGAGAACAUGAGGUUUUAUGGAGAGGUAACUGUCCCAGAAUAAGAAUGCAAGGAGGCAGCUGGUUUGGUUCUGUUGUAGCUUCCAGGAGGGACAGCUCCAGACUUCAGUAUGCAGGUCAGGUUUUUAUAUCUUCUAACAGUGUUCAUGCUGGAGGCCUUCACUGCAAAGGUCUCUCCGCCAAAAGCAGUCCUUUUUAUUGGUUGAAUCUUUUUUUAAAAAAUGAGUCUUAAGCAUUUCUAUUUGUGUCUAGAGUAUGUAGCAGCUUGUUGCCUUUCGAUAACUUGCAUGGAAAACUGGCUUCAUUUUGUGUGUAUGUGUUGCGGGGGGGUGUCCGUUUGGAGACUUGACUCUGAAAUAUGUGAUCAACUUCUCAGAUGUUCAGCAAAUUGAGAGCAUCUUCAGCACAACACAGCCUGGCCUGGUGCAUGAAAACUGUAGCAAUUUUUUAGAAUGUGCAUCACUCGGCUCUUUCCUUACCUGGUGUGUCUUGCUUUGUAUGAAGAACAUGGAACGGACUCUUCCUGGAGCUGCAAAAUGAUCAGGUUCCCUGACUAGAAAGUUCCUGGGAUGAAACCAGUGCUCCCUGUAACAGAGAUUCCCAGAUGUUGUUGACUACAGCUCCCAUAAUCCCCAGCUACAAUGGCCAUUGGGAUUGAGGAUGAUGGGAGUUAUAGUUGGCAACAUCUGGGCACCAGAGUUUGAGAACUCCUUCAGGAGUAGCCAACUGGUAAUGGAGAUAUGUCUCACGCAGUUCAGGAUUGACUGGAUCCUGUGUCAGAUGUACCAUGGAAAGUAGCAAUGGUAGUAAAUCAGACUUUCAGUCAAGCAUCCCCACUUUCUUACAAUGACAUGCAACUACAGUGGUGUAGGUACCACUAAUGGCUUACUAGCUCAGUACGGUCCACUAAUGGCUUACUAGCUCAGUCAGUCUAUCCCUUCUGUAAGUUGAAUUUCAAAGGAGUGACUUUAAGUUCUACAGUGAGGCACUAACUUGCAUCUUUCCCUCCAGGUUACUUGGUAAGGUGAUGGGUGGUUUUCUUUACAGCAAAUAAGUUGAACAUGUCUCAACACAGUAUACUCUUCCCACAGGCUUGUUGCCAUGAUUGAAAUGUGUAGUAUAGACCUAAGAUGUCGUUCUAAAUAAACUGCAACAAAUUCUCUU